AUGAGGUUAAGAUCGAGCAUCAAUCCUCCACAACGGUAUCAAUCCGAUGACGAGUUCUUAGUGACCGAUCAUCGACGAAUGCCACGACGUGCGGCAAAGACAAAGAUCAAGAAUUAUGUCGACUUCAACCCGCACCUUCCUCCUGCCGCAUUUCCCACGCUCGACCAGCCGCUUCCCGCCGGGCAGAGUCCUCCCUCGUCAAGAAAACCAGAAAGCAUCACGUGUCAAGAGGACGACCACAGUCUGGACUUGGCUGAUCUGAAACCUUUCCCUCAUAUCCCUUCAGAGAGCUUCGACAACUUCAUCGCUAGCAAUGGGCCCCAGAACCCGCAAUACAUGAGAAACAUGGCUCUGCUAAACAGGGAGUAUAGCUCAGACCUCGAUAUCAGCAGCGACGAGGAUGAGGAUGAAUUGCAGCUACCUGGCAGUGACGCUACCGGCGAUUACCAUGAUGAAGAACAAAAGAUACUCGACAAUCCGCAAUGGCACGAUCUGUCGCUGGGUCUACAAAUCGAGAUUGCAGAAAACAUGUUGGAGUUCCACGAAAUGUCCAAAAUUCGUUUCCUACUAGGCUUAAACCAAUUCGAUAUCGAGGAACUGAAACGCAAUCUCCACAAGAGGAAUGCAGACGUGGACUACGAAAAUCGCGUUCUCGAGGAAAUGCAGCACAAGCAAUUGAGAGCCUUGAUGUGCCUAGACAAUUCUGACCUCAGAAAACAUUCUGUGCCAGCGCGCCUAAUCAUGUCAAAAAGGUCGUGGACACAGUGUCAUCGCGUCAUUCAGAAAAAUUCAAGGAUGAGAUACCUCUUGUGUCAGGUCGGUGAUCUUCAGACUGCAAGGAGGUUUCUAUCCAGGCGUGGCUUGCCAAUGACAUACGCUGGUGAAUGGGAUAACCAAUUUGUCGCAAAUACAUCAGUAUCUAAUCACGAAGGCGUUCCUGAGGCAUUCGAAUGGAGACUGAUUACUGAUCAAACAACACAUCCGGUGACUAUAACCAGAGACGAUAGACCAGAGCUACAAGAGUCUUUAGUUGAAAGACAGCCCGGUGUUCAAAAUGGACAUACUGACACUGUCAAUAACAUGCGAGAUGCACACUUAUCGUCUCCUCGACAAGGAAGCCAUAUCCAACCUCUUCCUCGUCAGCAAAUGCCCAACAAUCGCUGGUCACAUAUUGAAUUGCCACGCCAAAGUCUGGUUCGUCUCAAAAUAGGUGCAAGGAAUGCAGCCCACAUACAGACUUUUGAACCACCAACGCCAUAUAGUCAUCCCGCUGAUAUUGUCAAUGUGAUGUUCACCCGUUCACUACCACAACCGAUAAUCAGAGAGCCAAAUAGCGAUGAUACCAUUGAACAAUCUCCGCCUAAGCCGAACAGAUCAUUUCCGGUACAAGGCCAUUUCCCUUUACCAGUGCGUCGCAAGCUUGGCUGCUGGUCAAAUGGCAAACGUUACCCUAGACCUGCACUUUCUCCAACAACAGAAUCGCGUGAAAAGCAAAUGCAUGGAGAUUACCCCCAAUCCCCUGAUUCAGCUUUGAGCGAAACCAUAGUCGACCGGAACGCAAUGGAUUUGAUUUCACCGAUCAAUCUUCAAAGAUCUCCUAGAAAAGAGUCAUAUUCCUCAAGCAGUACGGAAGCAAGAGCAAAGACAGCCGAUAAGCGCUGGGCUAUUUCUUCCCAAACAAGUGCUGAAAUGACUUUAGCAACUCCAGACUCUUCUGACAAUGUGGUCCGCGACGUGCAGCUUCGCUCAGGCAGUUCGGCAUACGAAUACCCCUCGUCACUCCCGGACGGUGAAUCAGCGUCGAUAACUACGCACUUGAAUUCAACUCCUUUCUCCAACCCGGACUACGUUGCACGCCAGUUAAAGACGAUAGAAAAGCCAAACACCAUAGAGGUUACGGCAUCAAUAACCAAGUGGGAUCUGAGGUCUACAACUCUUGCGCAGGAUAGCCCAGCUGAGGAACCGAGCGAACAGGGAACCGGAGGAAGUUCGCCUAGCUUUGCUAAAACGUACAGCUCCAGUGGUGACCAGUCAGUAUUAGAAAUCAUCACGCACAAAUUUCCGAGGGAGAUUGCCGACUUGUCGAAGAUGCAGGAACAGCAGGCGCCUAUGAAGGUAAUCGAUCCUGUUUCUAGCAUCGAAGACCGGAAUGGGGCCCAGAAAGCAGGCACUAUCCAGCCCUGCCAACCCAUUACAUCAAACAAUCGAGAGCGACAAUCAACUGGUAACAUCCAUGCGAACGAAAAAAAAGAACCUGGGAUGGCUGGGGGGCCGCGAGAUCAAAUAGCAGAUUCAUCAACUCCAACAGAUGAAUUGAAUGAGUCGAAAGCUCUAGAGAAGCAAUUGUCAGGCAAACUUUCGGCACAAUGUGAUAACAUAACUGUCGAGCUACCCCCCUUAAACACUAAGACAUGCCAGACGACAAACAAGAAAAGAGCGGUCGGGAAAAAGCGAAUUGCAAGUAAUGAUUCACUUGCCUCACAACCCAAGCGGAGCAAAAAGUCUGAAUAUCCUGUUUCUCAACGAGUUCUUCGUGCCCGCCCUGCUGUGAAGAAAAUUCUACGCGCACGUGAUACCGCGCCGCGUUUGCUUGCUUAUCCCGAUCUCUGCCCGCGUCGAAAAGGAGAGGCGAAUCAAUUCCGCGACAACUACUCCGAAACGGAUCGGCUUAAUGAAGGGUCUCUGAUUGGGAGAUUGGGUGCAGACUUUCUUUCGUUUGGGAGAUUUGCGGAUAUUGUCAACCCUUCUCCUCCACUGCCCAGCGCUACGCAUUCCCACUCCGUACUUCUAUUUCUAAUGGGCUCCCGGAUUCUCAACUUCUUCGCAAAUAAAUGGUCUAGCCCCAGCAAAAAGCAGCAAGGAGCGGUCGAUGCCGAAAUGUCAAGCGUCACAACUCCCGUUACCAUGGCCGAAUCGGUUUCUGCACGGCAGGAGUCAAGUCCUCCAACUUCGCCUGCCACCGGGUCAGCGUCGUCGGUUCAGCAGGACGUGAAGAUGGUGGUUGACGAGGUUGAUAAUGCGAAGAAUGGAGUGGGGAAUAUUGAUGCGACACCGGAUAUCGCAGAAGACGGAGAUGGUGAUGACGAUGAUACAGAAGGCAUGGAUAUGAAGGCGAGAGCUUUGACCAAAUUGCUUCAAACAAGUUCCGUAUUUGUUGCGAUCAUGUCCGAUAAGAUGAAAGAACAGCAGAGACAACAGCAAGAGGCAGAAAGAAAAGCCGCUGCUAAAAGACAGGCUGCGCUGGCUGCGCCAGAACCAGCUACAACAACGACUUCUGGACGGCGCAGCUCCCGAUUGAAAGCGAACGAAGAGGCCGAAGUUGAUAACGUGGCUACCAGAGCAACCGAUCAAGUACAAUCAAAGAAAGCCACUGCAAAAAGGGGUGCAAAGAAGAACACACCAGGCAAGGACAUUUCAAGCUACUUCAAGAAAGCCGAUGUGGAAGUCAAGGAAGGUAAUCCAAGUGUUCAAGAGGCUUUGGCGCAAGCUGCAGAUGAACUAGAAGCGAAGCCAUCGGCAAUCGGUGAACAGGAAGGAUUAGUAGCCACAGAACAGCCCUCUUUGGUUACAGGCGGCAAAAUGCGCCGAUAUCAGUUGGAGGGGCUAGAGUGGAUGAAAUCACUUUGGAUCAAUGGACUAUGUGGUAUUCUGGCAGACGAGAUGGGUCUCGGAAAGACCGUCCAAACUAUAUCUCUGAUUGCGUUCUUUAAAGAAAAUAACAUUUCGGGUCCCUUCUUGAUUGCGGCACCCUUGAGCACGGUCAGUAACUGGGUUGACGAAUUCCAGAGAUGGACUCCUGGUAUCAAAACAGUUCUGUACCAUGGCUCUAAGCCUGAGCGCGCCGAGCUCCGGAAGCAGAUGAAAUUGAAAGAUCAGAAAGACAGGGAUUUCCCUGUAGUAUGCACAUCAUAUGAGAUUUGUAUGAAUGAUCGCGCUUUCUUGUCUCAAUUCUCUUGGAAGUACAUCGUCGUGGAUGAGGGCCAUCGUCUGAAGAACAUGAAUUGCAAGUUGAUCAAGGAGCUUCUUACCUACCAUUCAGCAAAUAGACUUCUCAUAACGGGAACCCCUCUACAAAACAAUAUAUCCGAGCUAUGGUCGCUUUUGCACUUCUUGCUACCUGAAAUCUUCAACGAUCUGGGCAACUUUGAAAGCUGGUUUGAUUUCUCUUCUGUUCUCGACAAGAAUGGCCAGAAGGAUGUUAUUGAAAGGCGCAAACGCAAACUCGUCACUACUAUGCAUGCCAUUCUCAAGCCUUUCCUCUUGCGGCGAGUCAAGACAGAUGUGGAAACUUCCCUUCCCAAGAAACGAGAAUAUAUCCUUUACGCCCCGCUUACAUCAGAGCAAAAGGAGCUUUAUAGGGAGAUUAUAAGUGGCACUGGCCGCCAAUACUUGGAGAACAGGGCAAUCGAACGUAUCGAGGCCAAAAGUGGACGGGUCUCUCGGUCCACAAGCGUGAAAAGAAAAGCCGAAGACUACAGCGGAUCAAUGACUCCAAACAAAAGCGUAAAAUCUACUGGCACGUCAACACCAGGCAGCAUUAGUGGCCGUAUGACGCGAAAGGGCCGUCUAAGCUACCGAGAAAUCGGCGACCGAGAGUUUAAUGCCAAACUCCGCAGGCUCGAGGAUGGUCUUGAGGAAGAAGAAGAGAAAGAAGAGACGCCCGGUGAAACGGAGCAAGAAGAGAUCGAACGAGCAAAGACCAUUAAACUGGCCAAGAAAGAGAUUGGCAACAAAAAGCUUCAGAACCCCGUCAUGCAGGCACGUCUUGCAUGCAAUUCGCCGCACAAUUUCUAUUGGCCGUGGGGUGACGAUUCUUCCACCGUCGAUGAAACCCUCGUAACAGCCUCUGGGAAGAUGCUACUCCUUGAUCGCUUAGUGCCCUGUCUCAUGAAAAAGGGGCACAAGAUUCUCAUAUUCUCUCAAUUUAAGACACAGCUUGACCUCAUCCAAGACUGGGCUACUCAACUCCGCAAAUGGAAUUGCUGCCGUAUCGAUGGUGGCGUGAGCCAAGUUGAUCGCCGGGCUCAGAUCCAAGCCUUCAACAAAGACAAGAACUACAAGAUCUUUCUUCUGAGUACCCGUGCAGGAGGCCAGGGCAUCAAUCUCACAGCUGCCGACACCGUGAUCCUAUUCGACUCAGACUGGAACCCUCAACAGGACCUGCAAGCGCAAGACCGAGCGCAUCGAAUCGGACAAACACGACCCGUCAUCGUCUACCGACUCGCUACCAAGGGCACAGUCGAACAAACUCUACUCGAAAAGGCAGACUCCAAACGCCGCUUGGAGCGCCUAGUCAUUCAAAAGGGCAAAUUCAAAAGUCUGCUUGACAAUAACAAUAGCAUCGACAGUACACAAAACGACAUAGAGGAUCUUCGCAAGGCUCUCGGCGAAGAGGAAUUUGAGCAGUUCCAUAUUCAAAGUGAUGAUCCGGAAUCAUUGCUCUCGCAGAAGGAUCUUGAUACUCUGACGGACAGAAGUGAGGAGGCUUAUCUUCGUGCUGAGAAGGGUCUGGAGGAGACAAGUGGACGUUCUUUUCAUGCCGUCGAGACCACGGAGGGUCAGGGGAUUACAUCUGAAUUGACUGGAUGA